GCCUGGAAACAGUAAGAAUGGAAAAGAGCGUUCAGAUCCUCAGCAUCUGCGUCAAGAAAAUUCUGAUGCAGUAUGGAAUGAACUGGCAUACUUUAAAAAAGAACACAAGAAGCUGUUGGUUGAAAAUCUGAAUUUGGAGGAGGAACUGGAUCAGAUGAAAGUGCAUGCCUCUAGAGAUAAAGCUACAAUACAAGAGUUGAAUAUGUGUCUUCAGCAGGAAAGAGAAGAACUGCUCUAUAAACUUGGUGAAGAAGAUGAGGUCAACCACAGUACUCCAAAGAAGAAUGUGAAAGAAAUAUCAGCACAGACAUUACAGAAGAUUUCACAAUUGGAAAGAAGAAUAAUGGGCUUUGAAAAAGAAUCCAAGAAGCUGAAGGAAAUUAAUAAAGGGUUAGUUAAGGACAAAAGUGAGCUGAAACUAUUGCUUAAAAAGCAUACAGGAGAUGCAGAAGACAGAGAAAAAGAGCUGAAGAUACUGGUGGAAAAGAUCACAGAAGCAAAGAAGGACAAAUCAAAGCUCCAGUUAAUAAUAGAUGAAUUGGAAAAAGAGGUCACCUCUCUGAAGAGGCAAGUGGCCGAAGGAAAUUUAUUGAAAAAUGAAAAUGUGGAUUUGCUGAUUCAAGUAAAACAAUUGCAGAGCUUAUGGGACAAAGCAAAAACGGUUAACUCCAAAGCCACAGUGGAAGCAGCUUGUGGACAAUGUAGGUGUAAGAAUAUAGGUGUCAAUGUUAAAUUGAAAACAGCAAAGAAAAAAAGCUUAGUGGAACAUCAGUCUCUUUGCAAUCAGUCCAUCAAGGAUAUGAGCGGUGCACUUGAGAACUUCAGUAAGGACGGCUGGGAAGAUAUGAGUGAAAGCAGUGACUCUGAAAUACUGAAUUUUGAAAACCUGGAGACAAGAGCAGUACAUCAUAUUUCAGUGACAAAAAGAAAUGAACAGCAAGAACAAAAUAAGAUUGAGAAUAAUAAAAUAAUUCCAAGCAGCACGUGUUCAGGAAAUGAAAGCAAAUUACGUCAGAAAAAGAAAAACAAAGGUGAACUAGUAACAACUGUCCAAAGGAAAAAGAUUCUAAAUUCGGCAUUCAAUCCUUACAAAGUUAACAGAGAAAAGAUAAGAAGUAUCAUGGUCCAGAAACCUGGCUCCUCCGUGUCACUUUGGGGACGUAUCACAUCUUUACAGCAGCAGUUAACUGUAGUACAGAAAUCAAAAAGAACAGCAGUAUCAUCUCUCAAGAAGUCCAGAGAAGCAAAUAAAAGAUUAAUAUCCCAGUUGCAUUUAACGAAACAGCAACUUCAGGCCAGCAAACAAACUGUUCAG